AUGACAACCCACUCAACAGCCAACAGUGGCCACAAUGGUCGCCAAGAUGGCUUUGCAUCUGCGAAUGUUUCCUACCGGCCGCAGCCAGGUUCGCCGACCUUGACAAACCCUGAUAUGAUUCUGCCAGACUAUGACGAACCCGAACCGCUUGACGAACGAUCCCAUUCGCCCUUGGUGAUGUGGAAUAAUGCGCAUACCUCCCACGACUUUCACGACUUCUCGCAGGCUGGUUAUAUUUCGGGACCGCUGCCACCCACUACGCCCAUCAUAUACGGAAACGGCACGAUGCUCUCAGACAUUGGUGAGGUUACCGAGGUUGAGAGUACGGUGGGUGGCCACCGACCAAACCGGAAUUCCUCUGGCCUCUCCGGUACCCCUAAUACAGGCAGCGGCACUCCGCUACGCUCUUCGCCGACAAUGGGGAAGAAGACGUUGAAAAAGAAACCUCAUGCUAUAACGAAACGCGAACGCCGCCUGUCGAUUGAGUCCACAAGCUCUGUUGAUACCAUUGAAGGGCCACAGACUGCCUUUGGCGACUUUGAUGACUCGGUCAGUGUAGAUGACAGUAAUUUCCAGGGAGACGAUGAGGAGAGUUUGGCGAGCGAGUUUGUGGAUGAAACGUCCGUUCAAAACCCUAGCGCUGCGGUUAUGCCGUCUGGUCAGGGACUGAAUGAGGAUAGGUUAUCUACCGUUUCCUUAAGCAAACGAGCUGAACAGAUUCUGGCUAAUGCGAAACGUCGGCUAACGACCAUGGAAGACAACCUGAACAGGGCCAGGACAUUUAGCUAUUCAUCUGAAGGCUCGACGCCAUCACCGGGUGCUCGACAGAAUGGGUCUAUUCGUGACAGAACACAGAUGGUCACUCCAAGCCAUUCAAGAAACGUGAGCGAAAAUAGCCUACAAGGCGCUGGACGAACAGCCAUGCUCCCGCAACGAUCCGCCAGUGCACUUGGCGCGGCUGGGGGUUAUCGCCAGCACUUGACAUUGUCUCGAAGUGUGGAUGGCUUGAUGUCGAAGCACACUUCAAGUGCUCUCAAAUCACCUCUUUACUCAAUUGAUUCGGCAUUAGAACCGCUGGACGAGGAUGACACCGCGCAGGAAGAGGACGACUUCAACUAUACUGGCAGCCAAAUUCGUGGAUUAGGCAGUCCAACUUUUGGAUCGCAUAUGGAAGCUGGUGUGACACGCUCCGCUUCUGCUGCGCAGAUGCGAGAUCUGCAGGACCAAAUGCAGGGUCUCAAGGGGAAAAUAUCCAGUCUGCGACAGCAGGCGCAGGCAGACAGUAUGAAGCGACGUAGCUUGCAGAGUUUAAGGGCUCCUAGCCCAUUUACACAUUCUAGAUGGGACCAAGGAUACACUAGUCCCACCCAGACAAACACGCCUGAAGUUGGAAGUCCUGUUUUGGUGAAUCCGGUGAAUGGAAACUCUGCAGGCUUCGACGACAACAAGAUCCAAGAAGAAACCACACAAGCGGAGCCACAACCACGGGAUGAACAGAGUGCUGAAUCUGCAGUGAACGGAUCUCAGGAGCCUCGGGAGUCACAAGACCCUUCCAAGCAGCAACAGUUGGUUGGAGCACCAGAGGAGGUUACGAUGAACGGAGAACACAAGGCAGAGCCCCAAAAUAAUGCUAAUGAGGAGGAGAAGGCCGAUGAUGAUACUCAUCGUGAAAAUGGGGUUGCGCCGGAGACUUAUCAGGAGGAUCAAGACCAAGAAGACUUUGAGGAUUACGUCAGUGAAAGCGGCGAGUCGCUCUACCACGAUACCCACCAGGACCCUACCGACAUUUCGCAUGAAGAUCGCGAGGAUGCUUUUGACUAUGAACAUUUCUUUUUGCACUCUGCGAUGGGUACUCUUAGCCGGCAGCGAAUGGGCAGAAGCGACAGCAUUAGCAGUGAAGGAUCCCAAGAUUCCGUGGAAACUACGCGCGGUCCAGCAAUGACAUAUGCUCGACGGCCGAGUAUUGAUACCACCACCUCCAUCGACACAUUUGCAACCGCCAGGGAGGGCACUGAGAGCCGUAGCUCGAUAGCUCGGUCGACGAGAACUAAUGAUGGAUUUGUCACGCCCACGGUCAACUACGAUGAUGAGGACAGCUCGUCGAUGACAACGAAACGGUCCGCAUUUGGCGACUUUGGUCAUCGCAAUGGAAAUAGAAGUGGAAGUGGCAGUGGCAGUGGCAGUGGGAGCGACUCCACGGGAUAUGAUCAGAGGCACACUCGCCAUAACUCAGUGAUUCACCGACCCAUCAGUACAGGCACAGCGUCCAUGUUGCAUCGGCCGUCCGUUUCAUCGUUUGAAUCCACAGGAACGAACAGAAGUUUCCCACUUGUCAAUAGAGUCAGGCUCAGUCAGGGAGCCCUGACUCCCAGUGGAUCGCCAGACAACCAGCUGAAACAAGUUGCCGAAUCGCUCAUGAACGAAACAACAAGCAUGUAUGACAGGGAUAGUUCCGGCAGCGGGCCGCAAUCGCCUGCCAUACAAACACUCUCACGAGAAGACCAGAUGUUGGUGGAACAAGUCGUCGCGAGCCUGGGACGAUGCGUUUUGGGUUUGAGCGAAGCCACGCGUCUCGGUACCGGGAACCACAACGAGUACAGAGAGAGGAUUGAGGCGGCCCGGAAGAUGCUCGAGAGUAUCGGGGAUCGAGCACCAAUGGCGCCAUAG